AUGGUUGCUUUUUCCAAGUCGUUCAUUUCUUUCAUCACUGCUGCUAUUCUUGCUACAUCAUAUGUCGAAGCUGCGCCUUUCCCAGAGUAUACUCGUCAUGCUACCCAUAUGACCAGGUACAUCGGAAAGCGCGCUCUCAAGCUCGAGAGCUAUCACCCCAAGUCAUCAUUUAAUGUUUUCGGUGAGGAUGGGGUCACAAUCAAAAGUCGAUCCGUUGGUCCUGCGUCGUUGAGGGACUCUGCCUUUGACUACCUCAAUACACAAGGCAUCAGCUCCGACAAGGCGGCGUGGGGUUCGGGAUUUACCUCGGGAUCGACACGUGUAGCAUACAUGAAACAGGCCAUCAAUGGAGUACCUCUGGCAAACGCUGUAGCCAGCAUAGGGUUCAAUGACGACAAGGUCGUAUCCUAUUCCACAUCCUUCAUUGACAUCAAAUCCGCCAAGAUCGCACCGUCUACACCCACGGUUUCCUGGCGCUCUGUCCUCCCUAGGGUUGAAACCAUCCUCGAAGGAACAUACAACGGUUGGAACACAACCCUGGAAUACCUUGCGCAGAGCGAUGGCUCUGUAUCCCUCGUGCACGUUGUUCAGAUUCAAAAUGAAGAUACUGGCGCGUGGUAUGAGGCAUACAUUGACGCUCACUCUGGAGAGCUCGUGAGCGUGACAGACUUCGUCAGCGACGCCUCCUAUGUCGCGCUUCCGCUCACCAAACAAAGUUUCCUCGAUGGACAGGAACUGCUUGAGAACCCAGAGGAUUUAGGCGCGUCCCCUUUUGGUUGGCAUAGCAUCGGCUUCGCCAACUCUACUUCCACAUCAGGCAACAACGUCAUUGUCUUCAAAGGUGAUCGCGUCCAACGGCAGACAAGCGCUGGGCCAUCCUUCUUCAGCUUCUAUAAUGAUACCUUCGAUCCCUCACUUCCGGCCAAUGCCGUCGCAGCGCAAACUAAUGCCUUCUUCGUGGCUAACGCCGUGCACGAUUUUGCCUACCGCUAUGGGUUCACCGAGGAGAAGUUCAAUUUCCAGCUGAAUAACUUUGGCAAGGGAGGCAAAGAAAAUGAUCGCGUUCUUCUAUCGGUGCAGGACGCAUCAGGGAAGAAUAAUGCAAAUUUUGCAACGCCGCCUGAUGGUCAGAAUGGUGUAUGUCGUAUGUUCACAUGGGAUGUUGUGUCCCCUGAACGCGAUGGAUCACUUCAGAACGAUAUCCUCAUCCACGAACUCGCACACGGCAUCACUACCCGACUCACAGGCGGUGGCACAGCGCGUUGCUUGCAGACACUCGAGUCUGGUGGUAUGGGUGAGGGAUGGGGGGAUGCCAUGGCCGACUGGAUGCUCCAGACUUCUGAAAAGACAGUGGAUAUGGUUAUGGGUGGCUAUGUUACGAACAGUUUGCGCCGCGGAAUCCGCACUGCGCCAUACUCUGUCGAUAAGAAUGUCAAUUCGCUCACAUACAGUGCACUCAAAGUGCGCAACCAGGUUCACGAAAUCGGUGAAGUCUGGGCGAACAUGCUGCACAACGUCUACGCGGCCUUGGUUGACAAGCACGGUUUUGCGGCGGACAAGCUUACCAACGCCGACGCACCCGAGGGCAAUGUCGUAUUCAUGCGCUUGUACAUGGAUGCGCUGUCGCUACAGCCUUGUAAUCCCACUUUUGUGUCUGCCCGCGACGCCUGGAUCCUCGCGGACACUAUCCGAUACAAUGGCGCGCACAAAUGCACGGUCUUCAACGCGUUUGCGAGCCGGGGGCUUGGAUUGCAGGCCGACGGCAGCUUCGAGGACGAUUUUACGCCCCUUGUUGGAUGUUAA